AUGGACAGUGAAGUGCAAAGGGAUGGCAGAAUCCUGGAUUUGAUCGAUGAUGCCUGGAGGGAAGAUAAAUUGCCGUACGAGGAUGUGGCUAUCCCUCUGAAUGAGCUUCCUGAACCAGAGCAAGACAACGGUGGCACAACUGAGUCUGUGAAAGAGCAAGAAAUGAAGUGGACAGAUUUGGCUCUCCAGUAUCUCCAUGAAAACGUUCCGCCCACGGGAAACUAG